UUGAAGUUUCGUCUUGUUUGGUUGUCUUGACGAAGCUCACCUCUUUUUAAUCUGUUUAUUCUUUGGCCAGAUAAUCUCCUCAUUAAGAAAGGAGAUAUUUAUACGCCGAUUUUUUGCACUCUUUGUUUAAUCAAAAUGUGUGUGGAAGCCGAAAAGGUCGUCUCUGGGAUUUGCGUUCAGCUUCAGAACUAAGUUAUCAACCUUGGGGAAUGCUAAUGCACGAAAACGGCAACCUUUAUAUUUCCCCUCUUCCUGAUCCUAAUUAGAAAUGGCAGUGGAGGUGUCGGUGGACUGCUCCGCCGAUGUGUUGGUGAAUUUCGGCGGGUCUCUGUAUGUUUCCGUCGGACUGAUAACCGUGAUUUCAGUGUGCGGAGGACUGUCGGGGAUACUAGCUGCUGCUCUCCUCUACGUGUUCUGCAUGAAGCCGCUGAUGUUGACAAGACAAGGUUACAAUGCAAGGAGGCUUCUUGAACCAGAUGUUGGAAACAUGGAGGGCAAUCACAGUGAUGGUGUCAGAAACAGAAAGAAGGCUUCAAGUGGGACCACUGAUGAUAAAGUGAGUCAGCAGCCGCCUCUGAACAGUGAUGUGGCUGCGUUUGCAUCCCGAGCAAAGGUGGUUUAUCCCAUCAACCAGAAAUACAGACCCUUAGCGGACGGUGCAUCCAACCCAUCCCUACACGAACACACAAAGUUGCCACCGAUGCCCAACGAGGAUUCCUCCUCCUCCUCCUCCUCCGAGGAGCCGGACAACAAUGAUGACAAUCCAUUCGUCUCCUCUAUGGUGGGCCCCAGUAGCCUGCAGAACCAGAGUUUUACCAGGGUCCCCCACUACCCCCUCUCACUCACACUAACGGGCUUUGAAGCAAGGAUCAGCCUUUAUUGUUUGGCCCUGCAGGAUUUGCAGUGUCACUGUUCCCAGCUUGAAGACGAAAAACACCUGAUCUUUCUGCAUAUGGUGAAAAUGAUAUUGGGCUGCAGAUUUCCAAAAAAUAAAAAUGAUGCAGACUUCACCAAGAAUAUUAUUCAGAAACAAGAACAGGAACUGAACGAGUUGACGAAACAGCGGCCGAAAAGCCUGACUGAAGAGACGAGUCAUGCUGCUGCUUCCUGUUCACUAGAAGAGAUUGAAAGAGCUCAGAAAGAUCUCUUUGAACAUAGUCUUCAAACGUCGAAAAGCUUCAGCAGACAAGUAGAGGGUUUAUGUCAGCUUCUACAGAAAAAGACCAGCAUCUUCUCUCCCCGUGAAGCCCAGGAUGUAAGCGUGUCCCUCACUCAGACACUUGUGUUCGUAGAGAAGCACCUGAUGAAGGUGCAGGAGGCUAGUCUGAAGAGUACACUGGAGAAGUUGUUGUGGUGGGAGGAGUUGACCAGGCUCUUUCAGACCCAGCCUGCUUUGCUAAGGUGGGAAGUGGAUCUCAGGCAGAGUUUGAUCGCAGCAAUGCUGGAACAGCUGGCAAGUGACGGCAUCUUGAAGUUCAGCCACGUGGAAAGGAUGCUUUCAGAGAGUCAGGCUGCUGUGGCAGAAGGCCUUCAACAGAGCUCCGAGAAAUGCAUGAAGAAGACGAAGGAGCUGGUGAACAAAAAGUGCAGAGAAAAGGAGUCGAAGAAGAAGAAGCUUCAGAGGAGCCAGAUGAAUGAGAGGAACCGAGUCCUGGAGCUGGGAGAGACACACAGUGACCUGCAGGAGCUCACCACAGUUUGCCAGGAACUGUUCAUGAAACACCGGAAGCAGAUUUCUGAUUUGGAGCUGCAGUGGGACAGCAAGGUGGCCGAGGCCCUCGGUGACCUUUGGAAGAAACUGCGUAGCUCCUGGUCAAAGAGGCUUGGCGAGACGGCCAAGGACGUCUUUCUCAACACGGUUUCUGCUCAAACAAGUCUCUCUGCUGAUCGCUGUGAGAAACUGUGGCAGGAUCUAGAGCAGGAGCUGUCUGUUCAGCUGCAGCAGAUGGAGUACGCCACCAAACAGCAGCUGGAGGACAUCAGGACUGAGCUGGAUGAAGAUGGAAAGAUGUGGAAUGAAGAGAUCGCUCUGACUCGGGCCUGUCUGAAACAUUUAGGUGAACAACAGAUGAAGAUCCUUCAAGCCAUGGUGGCCAGACAGGGUUACUCUCUCAGCAGUGAAACAGGGAAGUUGUUGGAGGGGAAACAUGAGCACCUUUUGAUGCUGGUGCAGAGGUCAUUUGUGUUCAGACACUUCUGUCUGCACAUGCAGAAAGAGAUGAGGCUGUCCAGGCUGAAAACACUCUCUCAGAAAGACUUCCGGGCUCUGUUAGUGGAAGGUGCCUCCAAAAGCCCGGCAUGUAGCAACUCGGCUCUCAAGAACAGCAGCACCAGCCUGGCAGAGGGGGCGCUGCUGGGGAACAACCUCCAGCAGGAGUUUCUGUCUGAGCUGGAAACGGCUACAGAGCUUCUCCAGAGCCACGCUCAGUUGGUGUUGGGCAACGCCCUCAGCCACGCCAUCCAGCAGAGGAUGGAGGCCACGCCCACACAGUCACACACCUCCAAUAAACAAGAUGUUGGCACAAAAAACUACCUGAUGGAGGCUGCUGCAGAAAGUGUUUAUGUAACCAAGGAGUCUCUUUUGGCACUGGUCCAAAACUACUAUUCCCAACUUCAGACCAUCACUAUUAAACUGGAGCAGCAUCGCUCAAGCUUAAACCAGGAAACAAAUGAGAGGCAGGACCGCAGCAGUCUGCUGAGCAGAACGCUGCUGAAGGAACUUGUGAACUGGGGCAAGAAACCUGCUUCCGCCGAGUUCCAACAGAGGGUGGAACUAAAUAAAAGGAAAGUUUUGGAGCAGACUCAUUUGGAUCAGGAGAUUAUUUAUGAGGAGCUGAGGCAGACUAAAGUAGCCCUGGAUCAAACUAUGGAGAGGAUAAAAGCAGAGUUAAUGGAGGCAGAAGAUAACUUCAUAACGGAGCUGGCAUCUUUGGCCCGAGUUCCUAUCCACAGUUCAGCUAUGGAACCAAGUGGGGAAGAAGAAGAUCUCGAUGAACACAGCGCGCCAAAGCUGGACCUGCUUUUGCUGAAUCCAGCGUUAGAUCCAGCUUUGAACCCGUCGUUGACUCCAUCUUUUGCACCUCCAGAGGUUACAUCAAAGUCAAAGAAGAGAGAAAGAGAGUCUCGUGUCAUCUGAAAUGUGUACAUAGUGAUUUGGAUUAUUUUAAUAUUAAUAUACUGUAAAAAUGUAUUUUUUGGACCAACUUAUUCUUUUUUUAUGCAAAAGUAGAUUGAAGUGUUUUGUUUGACGCAGAUUAAUGAGAUUUCUUAACGUGCCAUAAAAAAUUUA